AUGGCGGUCCUGAGAGUGUGGGGAGGCCAGCCUUCCCUCGAAACCAGGAGCCUGGCAACGAACCCUGCGCCCAAGAGUUCGGACCUGAAACCUUCUAGCUGGAGAGUGCCCAGCAAAAGCUGGGGCCUUCUGGUGGAAGUGAAGCCCGCCAACGCCUGCCAGCCCGUCGAGGCCCCUCCGGAGGCAUCCAACACAAGCGGCUUCAUUGCCCUCAUCCGGAGAUACGACUGCCACUUUGAUGCCAAGGUGUACCACGCCCAGCAGGCUGGGUACGCGGCCGCCAUUGUGCACAAUGUGGGUUCUGACGACCUGCUCCACAUGGUCUGGGAUGACGAGGAACUCCGCAAACGCAUCACUAUCCCUUCCGUGUUCAUUGGGGAGAGCGCAGCCAAAUUCUUGCGCAAUUACUUCACCUAUGAGAGAGGGGCUCACGUCGUCUUGAUCCCGGAGUACAUCUUCCCCCUGGGCUAUUACCUCAUCCCUUUCACGGGCGUGGUGGGCAUCGUGAUCGCUGUGAUGUGCACCAUCCUGAUUGUGCGCUGCAUCCAGCAUCGGAAGCGGUUGCGGAGGAACCGCCUGUCGAAGGAGCAGCUGAAGAAGAUCCCCGUCCACAAGUACAAGAAAGGAGACGAGUACGACGUCUGUGCCAUCUGCCUGGAGGAGUACGAGGACGGUGCCCGGCUGCGCAUCCUGCCCUGCUCCCACGCCUACCACUGCAAGUGUGUCGACCCCUGGCUGACGCAGACCAAGAAGACCUGCCCGGUGUGCAAGCAGCGCGUGAUCCGGUCGGCCGAGGACUCCGACUCGGAGGGUGAGGAGGGGGCGGACCGGCCCCCGCCUCCCAGAGGCGAGGAGGAGGAGGAAGAGGAGCAGGACUCCGAGCGCACCCCCCUGCUGCGUGCCUCGCCCCCCGGGGCGGCCCCGGGCCCCUCCUUCGGCAGCACGGCCCAGUCCCCCCUCCCCUGCCUGGAGGAAGCGGGCGAGCAGGGGCCCAGCAGCACCUGGGAGGGGGACGCUCCCCAGGGCCCCCCUCGACCUCUGCGGGUCUAGCCUCUCCCGCCCCCACCACUCAGGCCGCCCUGGCCUCACACUGGGGGGUGGGGGCCGACCCCCCCUCAGGCAGGGACCCUCUGCGUUCACCACUGAGCUUCCCGUCUGUUUUAACCUUUUAUCCAGGGGCGGGUGGAGUGUUCGGGAGCUAGCCCUUGCCCCUCUUGGGGAGGGAAACCGGAAGAGGAGGGGGGGGAGUUGCUUAGGCAGCAGGGGAAGGGGGGAGGCUCAGAGAGCACUGGGUGUCUCCCCCUGUGGGGAAAGCAGAACGCUCCCCG